AAUGUCAAGUGAUGUCAAUGUCGUUUUAAUAUAUGAUCCAAGAAAAAUAUUUGGAUCAAAAUAAAAGUUAUCGACAAAUUCGUGUAUAUAUUUUACAACUUUGCAACUAUUUAAGAAAUAACGUAGGACUACGUUAUGGUACUUUAAAAUUGUUGUUUACUGCAUAGCGAUAAAUAUCCAUCAUGAAUAAUAUAAUAUCAUGGACCGCUGAAGAUGAAGCCAUCAUUGCGACUAACACAGAUGCUACAGAGUGCAAGCGAUGCGCCGUAGAAUUGGGCUACUGGAAAGAUGAUUACAUUGUGUAUUUCGCGAAACAUGUAGACAGAAAAGCUCCCGAAAUUAAUCGCGGCUACUAUGCCAGAGUUAAAGCCAUGGAAAUGUUUAUUCACCAGUUUUUGGAGCGGUGUGGGACAAAAUGCCAGAUCAUCAACUUGGGCUGCGGAUUUGACACUCUGUACUGGAAGUUGAAAGACACAACGCAAGCGGUCGGCAAUUUUAUUGAAUUAGAUUUCCCUUCUGUAGUUGCUAAGAAAUCCCACAUCAUCAAACGAAAUAAGCAGCUAUUAGAAAAAAUAUCUAAUGAAGAUGGCGAGGUAAUGAUCAGAUCGGGCGACCUGCACUCGGACGGCUACCACCUGCUGAGCUGCGACCUGCGCUGCCUGAGCGAGGUGGUGCGCAAGCUGGAGGCGGGGGGUGCGGGGGGUGCUGGGGGUGCGGGGGGUGCUGGGGGUGCGGGGGGUGCGCCGCCCACGCUGCUGCUGGCCGAGUGCGUGCUGGUGUACCUGCGGCCGGAGGCGGCGCGCGCGCUGCUGGAGCACCUGGCGGGCGCGUUCCCGCGCUGCGUGCUGCUGGUGUACGAGCAGUGCAACCUGGGCGACAAGUUCGGCGAGGUGAUGAUGCGCAACCUGAGCGCGCGGGGCUGCGCCCUGCCCGGGGAGCCGCACCGCCGGGAGCCCGCGGCGCAGGCGGCGCGCCUGCUGGCCGCCGGGUUCGAGAGCGCGCGCGCCUGGGACAUGGACACGGUGUGGCGCGCGCUGCCGGAGGAGGACCGCGCGCGAGUGGAGGCGCUGGAGAUGCUGGACGAGCGCGAGCUGCUGCAGCAACUCAACCUGCACUACGCGCUCAGCGUCGCCACGCGCGGGGAACUCUUCGCCGACCUCGACCUCAACGCCUAGACUGGACCGUCUCCUCCAGAAGUCGGGCCCCGGCUCCCGGAGAGCGCACAAUGCGUCCCUUCCUUACGUCUCUCAUAGAUUUAUCUAUCACUUGAGCAGUAAAUUUAGAUCGUAGCCGCAAAUUAAGGGUGCAUUAAAUAGACACACGAUCACAGAAUGGAUCUCGAUCUCUUGAUUACCGUAAAUAAAAAACAAGAGUCUGUGCGCGCGAGACGUGAACGACUUUGAUCGAGUGAACGUUUUAUUGCUGCAUUUUGAAUGUCGUGGAACUUAUUCAAUUUUAUGUUAUCAAAAUUUCAUAUUCAGUGCAUUUCCCGAGUGUAAAAAUGAUUAAAAGUGAUCGUUUUAGUCUCUGAGUGGAUGUACGUACGUACGUACUUACGUCGUCGUGUUGUUGUUGCGUCUUAUUUAUAAUGAAGUGUAUCUCUGCGGUGCUCGAGUGCACAUUUAAAACCUCUCGAUGUGUACAUUAGCCGUUUUUCCUUAUUACUUAAGUGUUAAAUAAUAAUUUUAUUUAUGAUAUAAAUGAUGUACUACUCGUCGUUUCGUUUUACUCGCCACCUUUCCCGCAAUAUAAACGUGUUCGUAUUGAACACAAUCGACGAUACAUUAGGAUGAAUUUACUAAAAACCAGUC